AUUUCGGAAAAUAAUUCCAAAAAGUCCGGGGUAUAAUGGGUAAUUGAUAUCCCAUUCCACAUACACAACACAACACACAACACCAUAACCUUAUAUUAACCUCUUUCUCUGCACAGAAUCAUCUUCAUCUUCAUCUUCAUCAUACUACUUUUUCUUUUCAUCCUUCAUUUUCUUUCAACGAUCUACAAAAAAAAAUGUUAGCGAUUUUUGAUAAAUCUGUUGCUAAGAGCCCAGAGGGUCUUCAAAGCCCUGACUCAAACUCUGUUUCAGCCUUAAAAGACGGAUUUCUGGCACAACACUUCUCAUCUGUUUACCCUUCUCCUGUCACCGUUAACCUUGGCCCUUCUGGUAUCUUAGCUUAUUCUCUUCAUCAACAGAACUUUCUCCUCCCAAGGCUGUUUGCGGUUGUGGAUGACAUUUUCUGCUUGUUUCAAGGCCACCUUGAGAAUAUUGCUAAUCUUAAGCAACAAUAUGGAUUGAAUAAAACAGCAAAUGAAGUGAUCAUUGUCAUAGAGGCGUACAGAACUCUAAGAGAUCGUGGCCCCUAUCCUGCUUCUCAGGUCGUGAGAGACUUCCAGGGAAAAUUUGCAUUUAUUCUGUUUGACAGUGGCUCUAAAAAUGCAUUUAUUUCUGGGGAUGCUGAUGGGAGUGUUCCCUUCUUCUGGGGAACUGAUGCUGAUGGAAAUGUUGUUCUUUCGGAUGAGAUAGAGACGAUAACCAAGAGCUGUGGGAAAUCUUCUGCACCAUUCCCAAAAGGAUGUUACUUUACAACAUCUGGAGGUUUGAGCAGUUUUGAGCAUCCGCUUAAUGAAUUGAAGCCUGUACCAAGGGUUGACAGUUCUGGAGAUGUAUGUGGUGCAACUUUCAAGGUGGAUGCAGAGGCUAAGAAGGAAUCAACUGGCAUGCCAAGGGUUGGGAGUGCUGCUAACUGGUCUAAUAACAUCUGAUUGCAACUUUAUUUGUUUGAAUUAAGACUUUUAUUAUAGCUGUACUCGAUUAAAUUUUCUAGUUCUGGUCAUUUGUUCCUACUUCCCAUCAUACAUUUGUAUGAUAAUGAGGCAUCUGUUACCAUCAUAUGAUAACUUGAGGCUCUACCAAGACUUAGCUUUAUCCUAUUAGUUUGUUGAACUAAGAUAUGAUUUGAUGAACAUGUUGCAAACAAAUAUUGAGAUCACACUCUAUUGGCACAUAUCAUGUAAUAAUAUUGACUUGCGCGCUGAUUCAUCAUAAA